AGGGCGGGGACUAAGGGUCGAAACCAGAGCGAGAAUCCCAAAAAUGACAUCUCGAUUGCGGUGGAGCAGGGAGCGACCGGGACGCUGAGAGAAGAAAGAAAGAAGUCAAAGCUAGAGCGCAGAUAUCAGGAUCUAAACCCAAAGACGCAGCAGUAAGACGCAGACAAUUACGCACCGUCUCCAGUUUGGAUGCUUCUGCUUCUGCGCGGACUUUUCCUGCUUUUUGGAAAUGUAGUUGCAUUCUUGCGUAAAUCUGAAGAAGGCAUUUGUUUUUACUAGUUGAUGAAAGAAGUGAGAGGCGCUGAGGCUCCGUUUCCUGUUUGCCAGUGUUGUGCAGCUGGGCUGAAGAAGCCCCGCAGGGCUGCCUGAACACCGGACCUCCUUCUCCGUCUCAAACCGCUGCCAGUCCGCUGCCAAACUCGGCGAGGAAGAAAAGAAAUGUGUGACCUGCUGCCAGCCUCCCAGCCCGUGGAGAAAAUCGGCAAAAUGAAAAAGUUGAGGAGAACUUUGUCAGAGAGUUUCAGGAGCAUUGCUUUCAAGAAGGAGGACAGCGGCUUUGAUGAGAUAUGUGUCACAAAGAUGUCCACACGCAGCUGCCAGGGAACGGACUCGGUCAUCAAGCCCCUGGACACCAUCCCUGAGGACAAGAAGGUGAGAGUGCAGCGCACGCAGAGCGGCUUCGACCCGUUUGAAAAGCCUGCCAGCCAGGUGAAGAGGGUCCACUCCGAGAACAAUGCCUGCAUCAACGCCAAGAGCUCGUCCUCCGGCAAAGAAUCGCCUAAACUGCGCCGACACUCCAGCCCAAGUUCUCCCACAAGCCCCAAGUUUGGAAAAGCAGACUCUUAUGAAAAGCUGGAGAAGCUGGGAGAGGGUUCAUAUGCUACAGUGUACAAAGGAAAGAGCAAGGUGAAUGGGAAACUGGUGGCUCUGAAGGUGAUCCGUCUGCAGGAAGAGGAGGGAACACCUUUCACUGCAAUAAGAGAAGCAUCCCUUCUGAAAGGCCUGAAGCACGCCAACAUCGUGCUGCUCCAUGACAUCAUCCACACCAAGGAAACCCUGACUCUGGUCUUUGAAUAUGUGCACACAGACCUGUGUCAGUACAUGGACAAACAUCCCGGGGGUCUCCAUCCAGACAAUGUGAAGCUGUUCCUGUACCAGUUACUGAGAGGUCUGUCCUACAUCCACCAGAGGUACAUCCUUCACCGUGACCUGAAACCCCAAAACCUGCUCAUCAGCGACACUGGAGAGCUCAAACUUGCUGACUUUGGCCUGGCCAGGGCCAAGUCAGUCCCCAGCCAUACUUAUUCCAACGAGGUGGUGACCCUGUGGUACCGGCCUCCUGAUGUCCUGCUGGGAUCCACAGACUACUCCACCUGCCUGGACAUGUGGGGAGUGGGCUGCAUUUUCAUCGAGAUGAUCCAAGGAGUGGCUGCGUUCCCUGGGAUGAAGGACAUCCAGGAUCAGCUGGAGAGGAUAUUCCUGGUCCUCGGCACCCCAUCUGAGGACACCUGGCCUGGUGUUAACUCUCUGCCUCACUUCAAACAAGACCGCUUUACGGUGUACAGUGCUAAGAAGCUCCGACAAGCGUGGAAUAAGUUGGGCUACGUGGACCACGCUGAGGAGUUGGCCUCUAGGUUCCUCCAGUGCUUCCCAAAGAACCGGCUGUCAGCUCAGGCAGCGCUGAACCACGAAUACUUCAGCAACCUUCCUCCACGGCUCUGGGAGCUGCAGGACAUGUCUUCUAUCUUCACCGUACCAAAUGUCAAGCUGCAGACAGAGAGCGGGGACAGCAUACAGGUGUGUGCACGAAGGAACAGUCAUGGGAAGGCAUCCUCUGGCAGCAAACACUGACCUGAGGCAGCAUCCUGCACAUGAUUGCCUGACAGGUGGCUGUUGUUAAAAAAAAGAUGAAGAUAAAGAUGCUGAGAUGGAGGAUCCAGACGAAUGAAAGGGCCCCAGUUCUCUUUAUUUAUUACCUUCACAAUAGGUGUGAGUGUGGACAUAUGAGCGUACGUUUGUGUGUGUGUGUGUGUGUGUGUGGCGUGUGCAUGAGAAAGCGUGCGAGCAUUGAACAUAGACAUGAAUGCAUGUGUGCAUUAUGAACGGUACCUAAGAUUUCAGGCUAUCAUUUGCAAAUUUUGUUUACUUUUUAUAAGGUUCCAAUAACUCAUAUAUCAUCGUCACAGUAUAAACAGAGGACUUUACUAUUGGUACAUAUUGUGUUUUGUGUUUGUAACUAGCCUCCUAUUUAAGAAUGUAUAUUUGUAUGUAUGAUAUACUCAUCUAGAAACUAUAUAAUGGACACUUUUAAUAUUGCUUCAUCUUCUCACCACUAUACGCUCUCGCCAUAACACAUAACUAAUGGGACACAUACAGGAGACAUGCCUACCUACAAAAAAAAGAUGUAAUCACUUAUCAGACAAAAACAACACCUUUCCAGACUCCAAUUUGUGGAACCACAGACAACAGUAAUGAUAAAACCGGAGGGCUUUCAGGCAGUGUGACUCCUCCUCUGGUGGCCAUAUUGGAGGUCCUUGGUUCUCAUAGAUCAGCUGAUAUAAGUUGAUUUUGUGUCUACUUUAUGUUGGCUUGUUAGCUAUGUAACUGUGGUAUCAUCCUGAUUAUUCAACAUUUUAGUACCAACAUAUCUGAUUUAAUCACUCAAGUGCACGUCUAGUAAGUUGUAGUUAAUAGGGGUUGAUGUAAACAGAAGUAUUCCCGUUCAUCAGAUAAUUCUCUUCCCAUGUGUGCGGGUUAAAACUGCACAUUCAGACUUUAAACAAGUAUUUUUCAGGGUUUUGUUUUUGUAGUUUUGACCAUCAUUCCAAUCAAUUAUCAGAUUAUUUCACUUAAAAUAUCAUGAAGUUGAACAUCUGCGUCUAAAUGCAGGAAGCAGAUAGGUGAAGCCCAUGCGGGAGUGUUAAAAACUGCAGUUCAUCAGGCGUCCACUAGAGGCUGGCUGCAAAAUAACAUACCACAUACACACCCAUUCAAAGAAGACGAUCUGUACAGCAGAAAUAAACAUUACGUGUUUAUUUACAUGUUUAAACUUACAGGUUUUGCCCAAAUAAGGGCAUGGCUGACUUAAUUGACACGGCACCCUGUAGCUGUUAGCAAAAAGGCUAAAGGCCCGCCUCUUUACCUCACACUAGCUCAGACAAAGUUAGGUUGAGUUCAGCAUUUCCAAUAUGGCACCCGCCAACGAUUUGCUUCAAAACAGGGCUUCAGAAACAGAUGGUGACAUCACAGGUAGUACUUCUAUUUAUUAUACAGUCUUUUGUCAAAACACAGAUCUCAGUGUGUUUUGCCAGGCAGAGUCUGAAUCUGGGCAUAUACUGUGUGAUUUUAUAAAGGUUGUGGUUGAAUUUCAACUCAUUCUGUAUGAGUGAAUCGUCUGCAAUACAUAGGAGAUACCACACAGUUAGCAAGAUGGCAAGAUGCAUAGUGAGCAGGGCAACUGGCUUCGAGUAGAUACAGACUUACUCAUUUGAACGAAUGAUGGCCAAAACUGCAAAAUUAAGACUCUGGUUGCAAAAAACAUAAAAUGCAUGGUUAGUUUUGAGUUUUUACAAUGGACCUCCACGAUGGAACCAAACCUGCCGGAUACAAGAUCCAUGAUACAACUGUCCAAACCCUCUCUGGCAUGGAUGAUUGUGCUCAAGAUGUUGAUUGUGCACACAAAAGACAACAGGGACAGCACCAACCAGUGUGAAUUUAGAUGCAAUACUUCAGCUGUAAAUGAGUGUGUUUGUGUGUGUGUGUGUGUGUGUGUGUGUGUGUGUGUGUGUGUGUGUGUGUGUGUGUGUGUGUGUGUGUGUGUGUUAAAUAUUGGCAAUAGCUAAGCAUUGGUGCUUCCAUCCAUGCAUAUGAGCUAAUGUACAAAAUGUAAAACAGCAAGGCAAUAGGCCGUGGAGCCUGUUGCUGGAUCUGGCCCAUGACAAUCCUCCCUUUCACUUUAUCUUUAUAGAAUAUUUGCAAUAUUCUUUCAGAAGCAGAUGAUUUAUAUCAAUAAUAUGAGUCAAAUUUUAAGAUUGAUCUGGAGCUUUCCUCACCUGGCUGAUAAAGUUUCGGGAUGAGUGCAUUGCAGUGUGUGGUAGUGUGCAUGCAGUAUGUGUACUGUAGGUGGUCUUUAAGUGUGAGCAGUCCCUCCACCACCCACAUGUGUGCCCUUCAACAUCCUACAAGCUCUAAAUGUUUUGGAGCUUUUGGGACACGAUGAUAAAAAUCAGCUGUAUAACGUUGCAUCAUCUGCAAAGUUGUUUAUACAGUUUUUGGUCUUUCUUUUGGUGUUUUGUGUGAACAUAUUUGAGUAUUACAGAUUAGAAGUAUGGUGAUGAUUGUGAAGUACUAUCAAAUUUCUUCCUGUUUGAUCUCAGUCUGAAAUCGACUGAACGAUUAUAAUGGCCCUGUACUGUUGAUUAGCCGAAGAAAGAUGCCAUGUUCGAUUGGGAACAGCGGAUACUAAAACACACACUCACAAACACUCACACUCACACUCACAUUUAUAAUAUAGAUGUCUUGCCUGCUGGGAUAAAUGUCCCUCACCCCUACAAAUCCUGUCAGCUACAGUACAGUAUAACCCUGCAGCCCCUCCGUGCCCCCCACUGGCUGGUAAAUGCUUUAGUGUCACAUUCAAGGGUAGAUUUGGAUGUUUUCAUGACUAACUUAAUACAACUCUCACAUCAAAUAUAGCAAUACAGAGGUACAGAGUGACUACACUGUAAAGGUUUCUUUAAGCUGGAAUACUUCUGAGGGUCAACAGGAGUAAACAUCAGGGUACAUAGAGUUAUUCACUUAGUCUGGGCAGUCAUAGUAUACUGACAGAAAUGAUCCUGAAGAGAAAUACUGAGCCUGUUCUAAUUCCUGACAUAGUUAUGUUAUUUCUUUAAGUGUCAUGCAUAAAUCAUCUUAACAUUCGAUGUUGUUACCGAGGUACUGUAGGUUACUACUCAAGUUACCUUCCCUUAGAGCUCCUGUGAAGAAUUUCCAGGUUGUCUAGAUUUUGCGACCCCUGUGGACAAAAACGGCACCACUUAUCUCUUUGCUGAUCUUGUCCUGUACAUGUGUAAGUAGUGUUUUCUGACAAAUAUCUGAUCCUACUUUCUCUAACAGUUAAAUGUAAAUCAUGCUUAUGGUUUUGUUUACUUUAGUUUGACUUAAAAAGACAUUAAAUAAAAUUUCACUCUGUUUUAUGAGCAGUUAAAAACUCCACAGGAGCUUUAAGGGUAUAGGUCUUCAGCUAUGUCUGUAUUCAAGAUAUACUUGGUCAUUAUUUGGGAGAUUAUUCUAAUUUGACAGCUUUACUUUACAAAAUUAACAGUAAUUUGUAAUUUCUCAUUAAUUACUUGACCUGAAUGUGUGAAACUGACAACAGAGGAGUACAAGAUUGCAUAAUUUGAAACGUAGGACCCCUGACCAAGCUGUCUUCUUUUAUGAAAUUGCAGAAACAAAGACAAAAUGGACUUGUCAGGUAGUUGAGAUGUUGUUCCCACAUGGUUCUAUCGCUUGAGCAUGAGUUAGCCGUGCAAAAUGUAAGUAUCCCUUGAACAAUUGGUUCACAAAAUCUUGAGAACAGUGACAGGAUGUCUAACACGAAAGACUUUAACUUCUUCCAACUCUACCGUUAAUAACGCAGAGGUUGUAGGUUGCAUGCACAGAUCUUUGGGGCAAAGUUGACUUCUCUCAGAUCAACCAGUUUUUUCCAGUCCUUCCAAACAAACAUGGAAAUGUUUCAGCUUGAUGCCCUUUGUCACAGCAGUCCGGUCUGUAAUUUAGCAGGCAGCCAGGUCAUAGCGUUUGUUUGACGUGUGCAAAGACAGUGGAUUCUGUCCCUUAUCUUUUACAGUGUAGUCACUUUGAAUAACUGUGAGGAGAUAUGAUCAUCACAGCCAAUAACUCUCGAAAGUACACACGGGUUUGGCUUGAAAACAUCUAAACCUUUCCUUAAAGGGAGAAAGUCGUGAAGAGAAGGAGUCUUUUAGCACUUUGACAUUUCACCAUGACUGUGAGCCACUCCAGCUUCUCUAACCAAGGACAGUUGUGGCUCUGAGCCAAAAUAAAUAAUUAUAGGCUCGACUCUACCCUGUUUGAAAAGCACUUUAAAAGAAAAAUCUGUUUGCCCUACAUUCCAGCCUGUGUGGUCACUUUAUGCACUUGCUUUGCCCUUAAUGACAAAUUUAUAAGUAUUUAUAUAUAACCUUGCUUUGCCCAACAAACCAAAAAGCAAACCAGCCCUCCUAACAAAUGUAAAUAUCGUCCCUUAUUUUGAAUCGUCACCACAGAUUGAGGAGUGCUCGUAAAAAAAAAAAAAGAAGAAGAAGCUGUGCUUGAAGUUAUCUCGCGGCUUUUCAGUGUCAUCCCCGGGCUGUGAUUGUGCGGCAGAGAAAAGGGGAGGAGAGGGGGUGGGUAAUGCCAGUAAAGCGGCGUGACAGAAGAGGGUUAAUACCAUCGAGCUGUGCUAAGAUUGCCCAGCCUCAUGUGGCUUUAAAGGAUUGCAGGCAGUAUUAGCAGCUGAAUAAUUAUUUUUGGGAUGUUUCUUCUCAUGCACACUUCUGGUGUGCCACACAUCGCUUGGUUUCCCCCUCAACACUUUGACUUUUGUGGAGCUUUGGCAGCCCGCGGUCUUCUAUGUAACAUAUAUUUUUGAGUUCUGUGUGGGCAGAGCUCCUGAAGGCACUCUGUUCAAACUUGAAUGUUCUUCAUAUCUUUCAAAUAAAGUCCAGAGAAGGAAAGAUAGGUGGAAUUGCAUGUUUAGCACUGUGACAGGAAAAUCAAAACAAUAAGAAAGGAGGAGGUCAUGUGGUGACAAACCUCCUGAGAAGUGAAUGCUGAUGCUUCCACUAUGUUUGUAUACAGGGUUUCAAAUGUCCCCUUAACGCUAUCAAAGAGAGGUCAUAUAUGAAUAGACAUAUAUGAUGAUAUUAGAUAUAAGGCAUCUAUUUUUGUCAUUCUUUAUGAUGUGGUAUUAGUAGAAUGAACAUAUAGGUGGGAUCGCAGGUGCAUCCUCGCUGUGCUGAACAAUGACUGUGUUUUUUCAACAAAGCUUCUCUAGCGUUUUAUUUUUCUUUUUGUAUGCUGCACUGAAAAUAUGUCAUUUUCACAAGUGGUUUGGAAAACAGAAGUGUCGUCGGUCACUUCAUCAAGUGAAACAAUAUAGUAUACAGUAGAAUAGCAGUUGCAUUAUUUGUUACAACCUGUAUGUAAUGUUAUUAUGGAAGAUGUAAUGUCCUUCUGUAAAUGUUGUUUAAUGUUGUUUUACCUGAAAUAAAAUUUAUUAAUGCUUCAAA